AUGGACUCUCCUAUUCUGUCCAGUCCUACGAAAAUACUUCAUCCACUCUCGCCUGAGCGGAUGAAUCAACAGCAGACCAUUCCUAGCUCACCAUCACGACAAUCGGAUAUUCUGGAUAUACAGCAACGAAAGAAGACAAGAGGGAUGUCCGACGUUCAGGCAAGAGUAGCGUACUUGAACAAUCUGUCUCGUGGAAACAGCCCGGCAAAUACACCACAGCCAUCAACAUCAUCUGGUACUUCGGCAGCGCUACAGAGAGCACUACUCGGACGCGAAGAGGCGGAAUCGGCUCUAGCCAGUGUCUCCGCUCAGCUUUCCGAGGCACAAUCACGAGAACGUCGCAUAAGCGAGCGACUCGAAUCAUUGCUAGAAGAACUUCAAGCAGCCAAAGAACGACAGGCGCAUGAACGAUCAGUCUUUGAAAAAGAGAUUAGGAAGGCAAGAAAGGAGGCUUUUCGCGCGGGUUCUGCUCUAGUAAAACUACAGGAGGAACUGAAACACGCACGGUCGGAAACCAGAGGGUUGAAGGAGGAAGUUCUCUGCGAGCGAGCGGCGAAGGAACAAGCGAAGCAAGAGGCAUUUGAGCGAGCAUACGCACUUGCUGGCUUGACUGAAGAGCUGGAAGUCCUCAAAGGACGCUUGCGCAAUGUUGAAGCCAAUCGUCGCUCCGACAGCCUUGAGGCCCGAGCAAAAGAAAUGGGUGACGAAAAUAUUGGAAGACUAUCGCUGGCAGAAGGAGAUCUCGCGUUCAUGCUCACCCCGGCACCUCGCAGGCCAAAACGGCCUGCUGAGGAUUCGACGCACUCACCGCUUGUGGAAUCUGCAGAUCAGACUACGGCGCAAGACACUCCUCCAAAGAGACUAAGACUUUCAGAUGUGACACCUCGGCAAGGUGAUCAAAAUACACUAUCCACAAACACUCAGCAAGAGAUAAUCGAUGACCUCGAAGAGUCGCUCAAGCAUGAGAGAAAAAUGAGACUCGAUGCCGAGGACAUGAUUGAGUUUCUGAGAAUGGAGUGCGAAUUCAAGCGAUGCUCCUGCAGGCUUGCAGAAGAAGAGGAACAGGCCCAUCAUGUCCAUGCACCAACCCGCGAAGAUGUCGUAGCCAAUGACGAGGUUCAAAACAUCAUUAAAGAAGACCGCCAUGACAUCCGUGGCCCUGAAGCCCAGCAUCAUUCACACUUUGACAACCCCUUGCAGGGGUCUGGGUCUACGCAGCAGGCAAGGCCCCAAGAACAACCAGAGGAACUCUUGAUAACUUUCUCGCCCGUGACGGGAACUUUCAAAUCUGUCCCGUCUCCAGUUCGAUCACCUCCUAAGCAACCCCAAGGCACAGCCAUAAGCGGGCUCGAAUCAUCGAUCUCUCACGGAAACCUGUCAGCGGAGCAGUUGCUCAUUAGUCCUUUCGAAGAAAGGCAUAUUAAUCGGCACGAGCCGUCCUUUGAGCCCAUGGUGCAAGUUAAAGAAGAAGACUCGGUCCAACCUUUCGCUCCAGGUCUUCAACCAUCCCCGGCUCGUAUCAGAGUCCCUUGGGAUUCUCCUUCACCACGGUACAGCAUUGAAGAUAAUCACAAUGCAUCUACAGAAUCAGACGGUGCGCUCGCUCCUCAUUCUGUUCCCCUGCCGGGAACCUCCAUCGAUAGAGAACAAGCUCUAGCGCAAAUUCGCGCACGAAGAGGAAAGACUAGUACAAUGAAAAGAUCUGUCAGUGCUAAUGAGGCUACCCUUCGCUCGGGAGGAGGGUGUGUCACACCGGGUCGGGGUGCGCAAAAAAUCCGUGGCGUUCAGAACUCGUCAGUGAGAACUGACGGGGAUAAGGCUGUACGACGAGAUCUAAGUGCUCCGGUCAGGAUGUUCCGCCGGUAA